CGGGGGCGGAGUCGUGGUCAAGAUUCUUCAGGACAGAGAGGGUUGGUUUGCUCGUGACCGUGACCGAGUUCGUAGUAUCCUGCGCACUAUGGCAUCUCUGUCCACACUGCUCCUCCGCGGGCCCACCCUGCUCCGCUGCUGCCCCCGGCUGUUCGCGGCCCGCACCUACGCGGCGGGUGGUGACUUUAAAUACAUCAUUACAGAGAAGAAAGGGAAGAAUAAUAAUGUGGGGCUGGUUCAGCUGAACCGGCCAAAGGCCCUGAACGCACUUUUCCAGCCUCUGAUAGAAGAGGUCAACCAGGCCCUGACCGUAUUUCAGGAGGAUCCGUCUAUAGGAGCCAUAGUCCUGACAGGCACAGAAAAAGCAUUUGCAGCUGGAGCAGACAUCAAGGAGAUGUCUGAUAAGACUUUCCAAUCUUGCUACUCGGGGAAGUUUUUAAAGGACUGGGACAGCGUCACCCAGCUCAAGAAGCCGAUCAUAGCUGCUGUCAACGGCUAUGCACUUGGAGGAGGCUGUGAGCUUGCUAUGAUGUGUGAUAUCAUCUAUGCCGGUGAGAAUGCUCAGUUUGGACAGCCAGAGAUCCUGUUAGGGACCAUCCCAGGUGCUGGGGGAACUCAGAGACUUACCCGGGUAGUUGGAAAGUCUUUGGCAAUGGAGAUGAUCCUUACGGGUGACCGAAUCUCAGCUCAGGAAGCCAAGCAAGCAGGCCUUGUCAGCAAAAUUUUCCCUGUGGAGAAGCUGGUUGAAGAAGCCGUCCGUUGUGCAGAAAAAAUUGCCAGCAAUUCUAAACUUGUGACACAGAUGGCCAAAGAAUCAGUGAAUGCAGCUUUUGAGACGACAUUAGCAGAAGGAGUUAGAUUGGAGAAGAAACUCUUCUACUGCACCUUUGCCACUGAUGACCGGAAAGAAGGAAUGAGUGCAUUUGUGGAGAAGAGGAAGGCCAACUUUAAGGACAAUUAACUACUGACUUAUACUUAAGAAGUGGCAAAGAGACUUCUAUUUUUCUUUAGAAGUUACUUUUUAAAAAAAUAACAAUAAAUCAUAGCUGUUGUACACAGGUAAAUUGUAAACGACACAAUGUGCCUCUCUUAAAACUGCAGCAUUGCUUUGGAAGACUGCGUCCUUUGCUGAUUCGGAGAGCUUGUCCUUCUGUACUCAGGUGCACCAGAAUCCAAGUUCUUGUCUCAAGACAUUGAAGUCAUUUAUUUGCCUUAAUCGAUCUGUCUCUGCAUCGUCACUAAUUCCAAUGCCAGGUACAUCUUGCCAGUCUGAUCUUACUGUCUGGUAUCAGGUCAGAAAUUCUUUGAUGGAAGACUUUGGUGUUCUGUAGUAAAAGCAACUUCACUUGACAUAAGAGACUAAGAGUCUGGAACAGCCUGUUUGUAUUCACUGCCGUUUGAAUGUAAUCAUGCCAAUAUGACAAUCAUUUCCUUCAUGCUUUGGUGCUUAUUUAAAUUAUAUGGAUAAGCCACUGAUUAAAAUGAUGUCUUACUCAUUA